GGUGCAGUUCUUCAGCAGCUUACGAAUCGGACGUAGCGUAUCACGUCAAUGCCAGCACAUUAUCGAUUGCAAGGCCUUCAUCGAGUGUCUUGAAGUCUUCAAAUUUUAACUGUAGGUUACAAACCAGCGAAUAGAAUAUUUAACACAUCAAAUGCCCAGUAGGUAACACGAAACGAACGACCACGAAUUGAUCAUCACCCCUAGCUCAUGUAGGUCAAGCUAAAAUGCCCAAAUCUCGGACACUUCCCUGAAAAGCUGACAGCAACCUAAGAAUACAGAAUACCCAACUGAGAACCAUCUGCGCCAAGCUGGAUUCUUCUUCAUCGGUGGCCAGCGCGGAGGGCAGCAGCGGCAGCCAUGGGCCCACUACCACCGCGUCCAAGGACCUGGCGGGCGUGGCUGUGACGCUGACGCAAGCCAUCGUCAAGAGAGCGACAGAGAUUGCCGAUGCGAGGGAGGCGGCGGAGCGCAGACGCAGCGUCAGGGCGUCCAUCACCGGCGACAGCAAGAUUUCUCCGCUGAAGCAAGAUAUGCUUGGAAAGGGCAGCUCACGGGACCCUGUGGAGGAAGAUUAUGACGAGGAGCUGGAGGAAGAGGACCGGGAGGAGCCCGGAUCGGUGGAGGAGGAGGAGGAGGACAGCGAGCUGGCGGGCAGUCAGAUAACCGUCACCGACGGAGGAGGACAUGCUGACAACGAGGAGCACCGCGGGGAGGAGGAGGAGGGUCAGGAGGAAGAGGAGCAGGGAGAUGAAGAGGAGCAAGGAGACGAAGAGGAAUAUGGUGAUGAGGAGGAACAUGGAGAGGAGGAGCAUCAGUUGAGCGGCAGUCAUGAUACUGUGCCAGUAGGAGCUGAUCUCUCCGAGAAGGCCCCCGCCGACCCGGGCGCCUCUGCGUCAGACACGGACGGCGCUCCGCCUGAUGACCUGCACGAGGAGGGAUUCGAGCUGCAGGACGACGAGCAGCUGGCCGUCGACCUGGGACCGUUCGACGCCGGCGACCACGGCCUGCAGGGCGCCGAGGACCUCUCCGACUUCACCAGCUCACCUGGUACCGACGGGCCGGCCGGCUCAGCCACCACAGAGCCUGGCUCGCGCGACUCAGUGGAGGCUAGCCGGCGUGAGCACCGACCGGGCGCCGCCGUCGGUACGAGAGGAGACCGCACAUACGACGCCGAUGCUGACACGCGAGGUUCGUCGGAUUCGACGGGGAAGAAGGGGAAGGCGAGCCCGCCCGGCGGGAAGAGCGUCCGUCUUGGAGUGCCGGGUGGCGGCCAGGACGCCGCGGAGGGAGGAAAAGGCGGUGAGGACGUAUUCGACUGGCUGCGACGCGUCUCGUGCCAGAUGGAUGAGAUGGGCAUCACUGAUCAGCUGAAGGCCAAAUACGGUGACCAGCAGCAAGUGGUGGUCGACAACCCUUCCGGGGGCAGUGACAGUGAGCCCGCCGAGGUGCCAGCCAUCACCGUCACCGAGUCGGGUCGGGUGAUGGGGCAGCGUCAGUCGGCCACACAGACCGCCCCGCCGCCGCCCGCUGCAGAGUGGGAGCAGCGGCAGACGGGCGGCGGAGGGAGACAGGGCCGGCCGCCCGACUGGGACGGCGCAGGGUACAGAGAGGAACCUCAGAGGGGACGUGGUCAUCAGCAGAGGUACGAGGAGAGGUGGGACGACCACGGUUACGACGAGUACAGGGACGACGGCGGCGGCUGGGACUCGUGGGACAGUGACGGCGACCGGCGCGGCGGGCCGGCCGACUGGGGCGGCAGUGAGACGGCGGACCAGCCGUGCGGCCAGUGCCGCUGCUGCCGAGCCAUGCUGCGGGCGGUGAGCGGCCAGGUCGGCGCGCCGCCGCCCCAGGCGCAGCAGCAGCAGGACGGCGCGGAGAUGAGCCUGUCCUCUCAGCAGGACUCACUGCUGGAGCAGCUGCGGGCGGGCGCCGGUGGCGGCGGCCCGCCUGAGGACCUCUUGGACGCCGAGAUCUCCUCUCUCACAGUCAGCACCGGCACAGCCGAGUCGUGCGACGGUCGUGACGACGCGCCAGCCGACGAGCGACGUGCCAGGGACCCCCGACGCUGGAUCAAGAGUGUCACCGACGACUUCCUGCGCACGCAAAACAUCCGCGAGCUGGUGCUAAAGAACGACCUCGUCGAGCCGGGCCGCGUGCGCAGCAAGAUGACGCGAGUGAUGCGUUGUCGUCCUCCGCCCCCGCCGCCACCGCCACCUCCAGAUCCUUUACCACCGGGCGAGUGUGUGGCCGGGGCACGCGGCGACCGGCGCAGGGAACGCCGCUCGCCACGCCGCCCGCUGAAGGAUGCCUGGUCGCCGUGUCGCCCCGUGCGCCCCCUCCGGCCGUCGACAGUGCCGUGCGGGGGCGGCGGCGCGUGGCAGCGUCCUGCCCUCAGUCCGCUCCGAAUGCCCACGCGACUCAUGGACGGCCGAGAACUGAGUGGGAGUGGGGUCGCCUGCGCGGCCGCAGCAGUCGCCAACCCUACCCGUCAGUUUAUUGAUACGUACCUAGAGCGCACGGGACAAAACGGAAGGAGGAAGGGGUCGGGGCGAGGCAAAAAGCCAGGCGGGAAGACCAAGCGGCUCAUCACCAUCAGUACCAACCUGAAGAGUUGAACUGACCGUACUGGGACGUCAGUGAGAGAGACGCCGGCCAUGGUCCGCAGCGGACGGCACGAUGGACGCGGUACUGGCGCAGGGGCAGAUUUACCGCUCCUGGGAAUGAAUGUAAUGCAUGAACAAUGAACAUCUACAUUGAACGGCAGUAAGGAUCGCCUAUAACUAGCCUAUUGAGUGUUAUGCACUUGAAGGACUACCAUGCUGAACCGUCAUUAUCAGUCCUGAGACAUGUCAUGAUGAAGAAUAGCUAACUUUAUGAAAAAUUUCACAAACUUGUUAAGCUGCGGCCGUUCGCCUCAAGUGCAUAGACAUCAAUUUAUUGAACGAUGGACGCGAAGCUCAUUUUGAUUUUAUGAUUUUCAGUUCUUUCCCAUGAGUCCCUAGGUACUUUUUCUAACGAAAUACAGGAUAUCUUUAAA